AUGGUCCAUGUCUGGCCAUGUCAGCAAGUCCGGGCAAAAGAGGAAAGGUCUGUAUUUGAUGCAUCACAGGAUAGGAAAGGAGGCACCAGGACCUUGGCUUGGUCUGUGCCACUCUCUUUCACCCACAUCAGAGACGGCUCCCAGCAAUGCCGUAUAUAUUUGGGUCUUGAUAAGGACUCAUUUGAAGACUGCUCUUCUCUCAUCUGUCUUCUGCCCAUAAUCUCCACAGCUGUUCUUGGCAAGGACACUUGGACUAAAGAUUGGGACAGCUUACAGCUUGAUCAACUUGUCUGUUCCUGGCGAGAUCAGUCUGCCUUGAAGGGUUUUCUCAUCGUCGCUCUCUUGAGUGCAGCUGGAGCUGUUCUGGCUAAAGACUCUAAAGAUAAUCAGGAGUUGUCAAAUAAUUUUACUAUUCCUUACAUGGUCUACCUUCAGUCCUUCCCAGAACCCUGCGUGGGGUCUCUCAUUCACCCUGACUGUGUAUUGACAGCUGCCCACUGCCCCUUACCUGUUGAAAUUCGAAUGGGAGUUUCUCAACUUAGCAUCACAAACAAGAAACAACAGAUACGAAACUAUUCAUCGAUUGUGACCUACCCUGACUUUGAUUCAAAAUCCUUGAACAAUGACCUAAUGAUGAUCAAACUAUCAACACCUGCUUCACUCAACCCCCACUUCACUCAACCCCCAUGUGGGGACUAUAGCCAUAGCCUUGGAACCCAUUCCAUGUAAUGAAUCCUGCUUUAUUCCAACCUGGACCUGGAAUGAAUAUAAAAACCGUAA